AUGUCCUUGGACGCCACUACCAAGACUGCAAUUUCGCGGAUGAACAUAUCCAAGCUCACACCCAUUCAGGAGAAGGCGAUUCCUCACCUCAUGGCGGGACGCGACCUGAUCGGCCAGGCGCGCACCGGCUCUGGAAAGACGCUGGCAUUCGCAGUGCCCAUGGCAGAGAUUUGCGAUCCGUCCCUCCGACAGGUGCAGGCCGUUGUGAUAGUUCCCACCCGCGAGCUAGCCAUGCAGGUGGCAGGAGUCAUCGAAGCGCUGGUUUCCCCGCGGAAAAUCCGGGUGACGCUCCUGUAUGGGGGGCGGUCCCUGAAGCCGGAAUACAUAGCGUUGAGGAACGGUGCCCAAGUGGUCGUCGGCACUCCGGGCCGGACACUGGACCAUCUGCGUCAGAGGACGCUUGACCUGAGCGCCGUGCGAUUCCUGGUGUUGGACGAAGCAGACGAAAUGCUUGACAGAGGAUUCGCCCACGACGUGGAAGCCAUCAUAGGCCGCACGCCCAAAGAACGGCAGACAGCCCUCCUGUCCGCUACGAUGCCUGAGUGGGUGUCCAAGACUGCCUCCAAGCACCUGCGCAAUCCAGUAACGGUCGAGGUGGACGCGGGCCUGCAGGCGCCGCCCACAGUGGAGCACCUGGUCUACACCAUCCGGAAAAGCGACAAGCUGGAAGCGCUAAGGACGCUGCUGGAUCGACGGGAAGAUGCCCCGGUUAUUGUCUUUGGCAAAACCAAGCGCGGCGUCAAACAGCUGGCCCGAGAGCUGGAUGCCUUGGGUUACCCGGUAGGAGCUCUCCAGGGAAAUCUAAGCCAGAAAGCGCGCGAACUGGUGAUGUCGGGCUUCCGUUCCGGGGCAGCGCCGAUUCUGGUGGCAACCAACGUGGCCGCCAGAGGUCUGGACUUCGAGGGAAUCGGCCAGGUAAUCAACUAUGAUCUGCCGGACUCCGAGCAACUAUUCACACAUCGCGUUGGAAGAACCGGCCGCAUGGGCCGCGCCGGCGAGGCGGUGACGUUCAUCUCCGAGGGGGAUGAGCGGAAAUGGCGUGAAAUCGAGCGGGACCUGGGCCUGCAGUUCACCAAGAAGCCCUGGAAGCAGGUCCGCAAAGCCAAGCCACUUCAAUAG